GCUAAGACCCGCGCGCGGCCAGCUGAUCGAGACAGCGUGCCGAGCGAGAGGAGGCGUGUCGUCACGCGGAGUGGUGGGUGCACCCUGGCACCACACGCUGCAGCCCGCGGUCGGACAAUGCCAGCCGCGCGUAGACGCGAGAGAUUGGCCAGCCGGGAGACCGUGCUCCGGAGGACGUCGCGCAGCGGUUGAGUCCCACGCCCGUCCGCAUUCCGGAUCGUGUCGACGCGCCCGUCGGAUGUUGAGCCCUCGGACGUCGAACUCGCACGCUUGGGUCGCGCCAGAGAUGCUCGGACCGCGGCUCUCCGCUCCGGAAAUACGCUCGUAAAUCUCACUGCCCAGUCUGCCAGGACGUGCCCGUGUGUCCUGCGCGCAGCUACCUUUGCUUUCAGGGAGAGAUCAUGUCGUACUCCAUCAACCGAAGACCCCUACUGGGAGGUGCGUCCGACAGCGAGUUCGAGGACGACUUGGAGACCGAGGUGGACGAUCCUAGCGUGACCAGUCCCGACGAGAAGCCAUUUUUCAAACCGCACGAUCCACAUGACAAAUACAAUCUUGCAUACGUUGUGUUUUACCUGCUUGGAAUAAAUACGCUAAUUCCAUGGAGUUUUUUCAUCACUGCUGACGACUACUGGAUGUACAAAUUUAGAGAAAUUCAUGGUAACUCGACGACAAAUCUUACUCAUACGUAUGCAGAACUGCUUGAGGAGAAGACGGAUCUCCAAGCUAGUUUUACUUCUUAUUUAAGUGUAGCCAGUGCAUUGCCAAAUACUCUGUUUUUAAUAAUAAAUGCAUUUAUUAGCAAGAGAGUGUCUCUAACUGUAAGAAUGGUGGGUUCCCAACUUACAAUAUUGCUGCUCUUCAUCUUGACAACAGUAUUUGUCGAAAUGGACACUGACAAAUGGCAAAAUACGUUCCUAAUAAUCACCUUGACGACAGUUGCGCUCGUAAAUGCUGCGAGCGCGAUCUUCGGCGGCAGUUUAAUGGGCAUAGUGGGCAAGUUUUCGCCCAAGUACAUAACCGCGAUGUCCGGCGGACAAGCCCUCGGCGGGAUAUUCACGGCCCUCGCGGAAAUAUGCUCCCUGUGGAUCGGCGCCAGUCCGAUGCUCUCCGGCUUGGUGUACUUCAUUAUUGGCGACACUAUGCUGUUGUUAUCGCUGGUCGCGUAUGUUCUCUUGGAGAGAGCGCCAUUCUUCAAGCAUCACAUGAUAGAAAAAGAAGUACCUGAUUGUUCGGAAUCUGAUUAUUCCAUAAACGGGGAAGUCAGCUUCUCGGCAAAUCCGAAAGUGGCCUACACGCGGAUUAUAAAGAGGAUCUGGCAUUACGGCGUUAGCAUAUUCCUAGUAUUUUUCAUAUCGCUGGCUGUGUAUCCGGCAGUCACCGUACUAGUGGAGAGCGAACACAAAGGCAAAGGCCAUGCGUGGAACGAUAUAUACUUUGUACCUGUGGUUACAUACCUCAUCUUCAGUACAGGCGAUUACGUAGGAAGACUAUUAUGUGGUAUUUUUCAAUGGCCGAGAAGCAAGCCAUGGCUUGUAAUGUUCAUGAGCGUCGCGAGAGGUAUUUUCAUACCUGUGUUUAUGUUUUGCAAUGCACAACCGAGGCAUCAUCUACCCGUUUACAUUCACGGUGAUAUAUACUACAUCUUGAUAACCAUUAUAUUCGCCGUGACCAAUGGCUAUCUGUGUAAUCUAACGUUUAUUCUCGCGCCUACAGUCGUAGACAGCCAGGAAAGAGAAGUUGCGUCCGCAAUGAUGGGUGCUUUCUUGGGUAUAGGACUAGCAUCUGGCGCCGCGCUCAGUUUAUACAUGGUGAAGGCUCUUUAAUGCUCGGCUAUCUUUAACUAAAGGCGAAUGUAAAAUACAUGAUCUCACUGCCCUUUGUACAUUAGAAAAUAGGAGUAUUUUAAGAUUACGAGCUUUUUAGAUAUAAUGACAUUAGUGUAAGUCGGUUGUUGUCGGUCGCAAUCUCGAUGAAACGUCGCUGUUGGUUCACGAGAAUUCUCAGCGCAUCUUUCUCCGCUGUUUUAUCGAAAAUCCGAAUGAAUCUACAGUAAGUGUAAUUUUUAUGACUAGUUGUUAAAUUAUGACCCCUAGAAUUGCAUUGUGCAAUUUUACUUGUACAGACAAGACGUAAUAAUUGACGAGACGUGUCAAAUUAUUUAAAUAUAAGCGACAUUGACGCUAUGGGUAAAAUUCAUUCCUAGAGAUUUAUAUAUAAUUUAUAAUGCAUUUAUUAUAUGUAUAUAUACAGUAUGUAUAUAUACAGUAUAUACACAUACAUGUAUAUGUGUAUAUCCUUAAAUUAAAAUAAUUGAAAUGUAUGUACAGUAUAACUACAGAUAUUACCUGUACAUCAAAGAAACAAAGACAUAGGUAUUUAAGAUUUACUGUAUAUUGUAAAUUAUGUACAUUUACUCUACGUCAGACAUAGCAUCUGCAAUUUAAAGAAAUAUAGAUAGUAAUUAAUAGGAGAAAUAGAAAAGCUAUACAAUGAGUACAUUAGAUACAAUAGUAGCCUGGUUACACAUAGAGAUGUAAACAAUUUUAUGUAUAUUAAUAAAUCAAAUGCUUCAUUGCA